UAUCCGGCCAUCAGACGAGGGAAUACGGCAUGGGAGAGUUUUGAAGCUGGGAGGCAAGACUAAGGCCGGCGGGGUCCGCACGUCCGAACUCGGACUCGGACUCGGAGCCCAGCAGGCACGGCUCCGGGCGGAGACGGGGCGAGCAAGGAAACACCGGAAGUGUGCGCGCCGCCCUCUGGGAGAUGUAGUUGAGCGCCCGCCUGCACAGGCGCAGUCCCGGCUGGUGGCGGCUGCGGCCUUUGUCCUGUGGUCCGGCUGGCUGCCUGCAGAGGAGCUGGCUGUUCCUGCAAGAGGCCGGAGGAGGGAAUGACUGCUGGGCUCCUCACUGCCGGGGCCCCGGAGCAAGUGACCUUUGAGGACGUGGCUGUGGACUUCACCCAGGAGGAGUGGGGGCAGCUGGAGCCCGCCCAGAGGACCCUAUACCGUGAUGUGAUGCUGGAGACCUUCAGGCUCCUCGUCUCCGUGGAUUUGGAAACCAGACCCAAAAACAAAGUGUCAGCUCCAAAGCGAAACAUCACUGAAGGAAUACCCAGCAGUAUCCUGGCAGAAAGGUUCCCGUGGGAUAGUCUUUGGCACUCUGAGGGCGACCAUGCGGAGGGCCUCCGGGGACAGAGUCGUGAGAGCCCGGAGAGCCAUGCGGUGAAGACACCCAUGCAGCAGCAGCAGCAGCAGCAGGGGGACGGGCCUGGGGAAAACUUAAGUGUGAGCCCCUGUCUCCCAGCCCAGCCAAUGACUCCGGAAAGCGGGGGCCUCCACGUGCCGGGGACGCGCGGGGGGCGGGGGAGAGCAGACGCAGGGUUCGGCGCGCAGCAGCAGCCACUCGCGAAAGCGAAGCCCUACACGUGCGAGGCGUGCGGCAAGGCCUUCGGCCACAGCUCGGCACUCCUGGAGCACCGUCGAACGCACACGGGAGAGAGGCCGUACGAGUGUCCCGAAUGCGGGAAAGGCUUCCGAAACAGCUCGGCGCUCACCAAACACCAGAGGAUCCACACCGGCGAGAAACCUUACCGGUGCCCCCAGUGCGGGAAGACCUUCAACCAGAUCGCGCCGCUGGUGCAGCACCAGAGGACGCACACGGGCGAGAAGCCGUACGAGUGCGGCGAGUGCGGCAAGGCCUUCAGCUUCCGCUCGUCCUUCAGCCAGCACGCGCGCACGCACACGGGCGAGAAGCCGUACGCGUGCGGCCAGUGCGGCAAGGCCUUCCGCCAGAGCAUCCACCUCAGCCAGCACGUGCGGGUGCACACCGGGGAGCGGCCGUACCGCUGCGGCGACUGCGGCAAGGCCUUCGGCCACAGCUCGUCGCUCACCAAGCACCAGCGCAUCCACACGGGCGAGCGGCCGUACGCGUGCCGCGAGUGCGGCCGGGCCUUCACGCAGAUCACGCCGCUGCUCCAGCACCAGAGGACGCACACGGGCGAGCGGCCGUACGAGUGCGGCGAGUGCGGCAAGGCCUUCAGCCAGAGCACGCUGCUCACCGAGCACCGCAGGAUCCACACGGGCGAGCGGCCCUACGGCUGCAACGAGUGCGGGAAAACCUUCAGCCACAGCUCGUCGCUCAGCCAGCACGAGCGCACGCACACGGGCGAGAAGCCGUACGAGUGCGGCCAGUGCGGCAAGGCCUUCCGCCAGAGCACACACCUCACCCAGCACCAGAGGGUGCACACCGGGGAGCGGCCGUACGAGUGCGGCGACUGCGGCAAGGCCUUCGGCCACAGCUCGUCGCUCACCAAGCACCAGCGCAUCCACACGGGCGAGCGGCCGUACGCGUGCCGCGAGUGCGGCCGGGCCUUCAGCCAGCUCGCGCCGCUGCUCCAGCACCAGAGGACGCACACGGGCGAGCGGCCGUACGAGUGUAACGCGUGCGGCAGAGCCUUCAGCCAGAGCUCCCUUCUCGUGGAACACCAGAGGAUUCACACCAAGGAGAAGCCCUACGGCUGCAACGAGUGUGGAAAAUCCUUCAGCCACAGCUCGUCGCUCAGCCAGCACGAGCGCACGCACACGGGCGAGAAGCCCUACGAGUGUCAGGACUGCGGGAAAUCGUUCAGGCAGAGCACCCACCUCACGCAGCACCGGCGGAUCCACACGGGAGAGAAGCCAUAUGAGUGCAGGGACUGCGGCAAGGCCUUCACACACAGCUCAUCCCUCACCAAGCACCAGAGAACUCAUACUGGGUAGACCUGCCUCACGUGCGCUGGGACCUGGGAAAGCCUUAAGUCAUAGCUCAUCCCUUCCUAGAUUUGACCCUGUCGUUCCUGACGGGAACAAUACAAAUAUAUGCAAAUGCAAGCCAUCACACGGAAUAUAUGCCUCACACACUCUCAGAGAAAUGAGGGAAAUGAUUGUGGGCAUACUGAGCUCUAGGUCAUCCAUCCCCAGAUAUCAGCCCAGCCAAACAGUAGUAGGGAAGUGCGGAGUUCAUCACUGUUGUGGACCUUCAGUCAUGAGUGUCCACUAAUGCUACAUCGUAGAACCUACAAGAGAGAGAAAUGGGGCUGGGGGGAAUGGGGGAUCAGGGGAUGGCUUCUGUCCAAGGAUUCACAAUAUUCCAAACCAGAGGUUUGCAAAGUGGUGAGAAACGCAGCAAAUGCUUUUCAUAUACAGGAACCACGUGCACUCAGAAUGUAUCAUUAUCACACAUUACAUUCUUCAGGGUGCUUAUGAACGGUGUAAAGCAACUAUGAAUGAAUUUCUCUACAGGUGACUCACAGGCAUGAGAAACACAGAUGUUGGUGUUUCACAAAAAGGAAGAUGUUUUCCUUUGUUAAGCCACCAUCUUCUGAACAACAGUACCUCCACAUUGGAACUUUAUGUUUUGCAAGGUUUAUCUCUUGAGAAAUGUACUUGACUGUUUUUCACGGAGUCUCCUUCCCAGUGUUUAUUAAGCUUUUGUUUUUGUAUAAUUUAUCUUGAAGGUCCAUAGUAUUACACUGUGUCCUGAAUUCA